AUGGCUGACGCGGCGGCAGCUGAUUCGCCAGCAGUGCGCGAGGUAGCUUCGGCAGCGCAGAGAGCGGAGCCGGGAGCGGCGGAAUCAGCGGCGCCUCGGUCGGUGUUGAUUCAGAAUGGGGUGGCGAAGGUGUGCCAGAUGUCGGCUGCUGAUUUGCUGCGGUCGUACCCGCGAGGUGCAUACACCACGGCGCGCACAGUGGGCGUUCACUCCGUGCUCGAAUUCGACAUGCACGUGCAGCGACUGGUGGAGUCAGCAGGUCUGAUGGGUCUGGCAGUGGUGCCUUGUGGUGCGACGGGGGAGAGCAGUGGGCAUCAGGAGAAGGGGAGGGAUAGCUGUAGGGAUUCCCCUGACGCCCCUGCACCUCCUGUGCACACUGCUUCUGCUUCUGCUGCUGCUGCUGCUGCUGCUGAUUCACAACUGACAUUUAAAAGUCUCCGUCCAGUGAUCAAGUCCGCCUUUGCACAGGCAAUAAAGGAGUUCCUCCAUUGCAAUGCCACUCUCCCACAUGCCACCACCAGCAGCACUGCAACUGCCAGUCAAGCCACCCCUGCCGCCUCGACUUCUGCCGCCGCAUCCCCACCCCCCACUCUUGCUCCACCCUCCUCCUCCUCCUCUUCCCCCUCCCCCUUUUCCUCCCCCUCCCCCUCCUCCUCGUCGCGUCCGCCCAUGGAAGUGCGCCUGACAGCGCUGCUGGCACCGCCAUCGUCGCCCUCCUCUACCCAGCCGUAUGACCUUUUUGUGCACGCGGCGCCGCUUCCCCCUCCGCCGUCGCCCCCUGUGAGGGUGGUGGUGGCGGGGCGGCCGCGCAAGAAUCCAGCAGCUAAGGACUCGGCAUGGGCGCGGGAGAGGGCGGCACUGGAGGAGGUGAAGAGGCAGCAGGGGGCGGAGGAGGUUCUUUUGGUGGACAGUGACGGCAGUGUUCUAGAGGGCAGCACCAGCAACUUCUUUGCGGUGGAGGCAGGCGGUGUGGUGGUGACAGCAGAGGAGGGCGUGCUCAAAGGCACCAUUCGCUCCCUCAUCCUCUCUGUCUGCCAGCAGCAAGGCGUGCCGGUGCAGCUGAGGGCACCGCAGGUGGGUGAGGCGUACAAGUGGCAGGGGGCGUUCAUCAGCAGCACCUCUCGCCUGCUGCUGCCCCUCGAUACCCUCCUGCUGCCCUCCCCCCAGGCACGUGCAAGGUGA